AUGAAGACUAUUGCUAUUCUUUCUUCCCUGCUACUCCUCGGAGCUGCCACUGCCCAGGAGAUCCAGUCCAAACCCUUCCACCUGGUCAUCACUCAGGCAGCUAAGAAGGCAUUGAAUGGCGAACAACUUGCCGCCUGCCACUCUGGCGCGGCCAUUGAAUCACUUUGUCUGGCCGGCAGUUCCGGCGGUCACUUCUAUCUGAAUUACACCAAGGGAGAAGAAGCGCCCAUCAAGGGCAAUGGCCUUCCCGGAGUUCUUAUCUGGAACCUGCCAUACAACGGUGAUCUUGUCGAGUCUGAGCCUAUGAGCUUCUACACCGACCCAUCCACCAAUGUGGCCAUGCCCAUGUUCCAACCUAGCUAUGACGAGCAAGAGGUCUUCUUCAACAAGGAUAACAUCAUGGGCAUCUACAGCUACCUUAAUGACGCUGUUACUCCUCCCACUGAUGACACGGUCAAGGUGCUGAAGAACUGGUAUGUGUGUGAGACAAACUACGCUGCAUACACAUACAAGACCUUGGCCUGGGUGAUGGGCAAUGGUUCACAAAAGCCCCAAAAUCCCAGCUGUGUCAAGGUUGAGGUUGAGCGCAAGUUUUUAUAG